UCAUUUUCUUCACUGCAUAUAUAUAUUGAACGACAGUAGACCAAUUUCUCAUUCUCUCUCCAUUUUCUCCACUUUUCUCAGAGAGAAGGAGAUUCCCUUGUAAUCUUUCAUCGAUCUUUCUUCGUUUUCUCGGAGGAAUUUAGGGUUUGAAUCUCGCUGUUCGAUCGACUAUUCCGGAGAAAGUAUAUCCAAAUUCUUAGAGAUAAAACAACAACAAAUUUCUGAAGUAUUCUGUUAAAGAGAUCCUUUGUGAAGUAGAGUAUUGCAGAGAUUCCAAGUGAAGGUGACCAUAACUCUAUGGGUUUGCAACAUUUUUCAGUGACCAACAGACAUAUUUCUGUUAUGCUGUUAAAACAGUGAAGAGUGAACUCUAUAUGCACAGCACCAAUGAAGACAGGAACAUCAACUUUGAACCCCUAUGCAGAAUCAUAUGUGCCUAUCUCGAAAAGAGGGGCACCUGAUGGAAACAAAGAAGCUAGAUCUCCAAAAGAGUUCAAGAGUGGAAGUGAGGCUGUUUGGUUGGCACCUGGUGUGACAGCUGUACGAAAUCAACAGCAGACUCCCCAAAUUUCUGAUCAGUAUAAACUGAAAGACUUUUCAACUUAUGGCUCACCAUCACAUAGUCCAGUAGGAUCUAUGGGUAAAGAAGUUCUGGGUGAGGAAUCUUUCAUGGAUUUGGCUUAUCUUCAGAUGACUUUUCCUGGAAUGUCAGAUGAAUCACUUUCUGAGGUCUAUUUAGCAAACAGUUGUGAUCUUGAUGCUGCUGUUGACAUGCUGAAUCAGCUUGAGCUCUACUCUGGUGAUUAUUCUGAAAAGCUUCCAGACAGUCUUGACAUUGGUGAUGUGUCGGACUCUGGGUUCUCAGGCGAUAGUUCAUCUCAGAAAUUGAAGACAGUGAUAGGCGAAACUGCUACAGUUGCUUCGUCAUCUGGUUUAUCAGACUCAGGUCCAGGCAGUUAAAGAUGGUUGCGCUGAAAUGGUUUUCAGAGGUCUUACUGUAGAUAUGGAAGUGUGGAUUCUAAAGGAAUGUCUUUUUUCUUGGUUGAAAUUCUCCAUAGAUACAAUACAUACAUCUUUCCCUAUCAUUGUAUAGGUUGCCUCCUUAUACUUGUGUCUUUGAGCAAUGGAUUCAAGCUCUUGUCACUAGAUAAACUAGUGAUCAAUUUUUUUUUUCUAAAUAUCUGCAAUACAGGAGAAGAAUGGUUCCCUGUCAUAGAGAUGUUUAUUUCUUGUGCAAAUGAAAUCUCUCUCGACAUACAAAUAUAUGUUCAAACUGUUGAUACCUUUGGACAUUGUCAGAUUUUGAUGAGAAAAGACUUCCUUGUUUUUUGAUUA